CAAUAAAUGUUUUGCCACAUUGGCGGGCACCGCCCCCAGGCGUCGUAGUCUUUGCACGAGAGGGGAACCGUUGUCUGUUGUCGAUGGAAGAUAGAUUAUCAUACACAUGGAGGAUACUAAUAAUUGUCUAGUUAUUUUUCCUCAAAUGUGUCUGUUUCCGUUACGUAUUAACACACAUGUAAAUCAUCCGUCAUGAGGGGGAAAAAAACCCAAACAAAAACUCCCCGGGGCGCAAUAAGGAGAGCUCAAAGAGAUGCCGCCACGCCACCGCGAACAGUGAGAGAAUGAGAGGAGGCUGGGUCCCUCUGCUCGUGUGGACGCCCGACACGAAAGCGAACUUCCUCCGGACUUUUGGCGGCGUGGGGAAAUUUGGCCCUGUAAUGUGUCCGUGUGUCACUCGCAUAAAGGUCGCCCGCAACUCACGGAGUCGCCAUCGGUUCCGGGACACCAGUGGCAAAGAUGAAGAUGCUUAUUUUCAGCUUCGUCGUGUCUGCCUUUCUACAAAUCUCCAGCCCAAAUCCUAUGAACUACUGGACUCUGCUCCCCAACAUUCUGGUUGUGGAGGUGAAUGGCUCCAUGGGCCAGCAACCCCUGAGCUGCUUGGGGUCACCGGAGGAGGGGAUCGUGAGGAGAGACCACAAGAGUCCUGAUAUUUUUUGGAAGAAGAAUGGAGUAGAGGAAGCCCAGAGGGGAAACUUGUACUUUGUGCAGCUGGAGGAAAGCUUAGGAGGGGGCAACUACACCUGCCACAGAAAGGACGGAUCACUCGUCAAUCACACUGAGGUCCUGAUCCAAGAGGACGAAACCAAGAGGAAGAAGAUUCUUGUGAAAAAUGAUCGAGAAGAUUAUUUGAAGUGCUCGGCUCAAAACUAUAACGGCGAGUUCCACUGCUCCUGGACCUGGCACACAAGUCGUGUUGGCAAAGUAGCAUUCAUCAAAGCUUGGCGCAUUUCUGACGACCAGGACGCCCAGUGCUCUGUGGACACCGGUGCCCGGCACUGGACAUGCUCCUCGGGUCAGAGUAACUUCAGCUGCUCAGUAGAUGAGAGUGGACACGGGAUCUCCUGCCUGGAUCAGCAGCACUGCCCCUACGCCGAGGAGAGCCAGCGGAUGUACAUCAGUGUCUAUGUGAGGACUGAGCACUUCCUGGUGGAGAACUACUCUAAACAAUUUUACCUGUCAGAAAUAGUGAAGCCUGACAUUGUGAGGAUUAGUAAAGUCAACACAACGAUGAUAGAGUGGAGUUACCCGAGCUCUUGGAGCAGUCCCUACUCCUACUUCCCCCUCACGUUCCAGAUUGUGCAGCUAAGGCGGGAACACAAAAGGUGUGACAACCUGAGCAGGGCCUCAAAAGCCACAGAGACCUUGACAUACCACUCCGCAGACGUCUGUCAGUUCAAAGUCAAGCACAAGGCCAAGGCUGUGUGUGUCCGAGCUCAGGACGCUCUCUGCAACUCCCAGUGGAGCGAGUGGAGCCACUUCAGAUUGAGGAGACACAAAAACAACAAAAGGAUCAAAAUGUCAGCAAAACAAUAAACAAGAGUAACCAAGGAGCAAGGUUUCCAAACAUUGCACUUCUUGGACAGUUUAAUUUUUAUUUAUAUACUUUAAUAUAAUUUGUAUUUAUCUUACCAUAUAUAGUUUUUUUCUAAAAUAUUUAUUUUUUUCAAUGAUAAAUGAGGAAAUAAAGUGAAAAUUAAAACAA